GCGGAGGGGUAUGCCGUGCGGGCUCGUUCGCGCACCAGGCGCGUGCCCGUAAUAAAUAGGGGCGGGUCCAGUCUUGCUGUGUGGAGACAAGGAUGGCUGCUCCCAAGAAGGUGUGUGUGGUGGGCUCUGGAAACUGGGGCUCAGCCAUCGCCAAGAUCGUGGGGGCCAACACCGCCAAAAAUGACACGUUUGAAACGGUGGUCAACAUGUGGGUCUUCGAGGAGAUGGUGGAUGGCCGCAAGCUGACGGAAAUCAUCAACACCGAUCACGAGAACGUCAAAUAUCUGCGCGGUCACAAGCUGCCCCCCAAUGUGGUGGCCGUCCCGGACUUGGCGCAGUCUGUGGCGGGAGCCGACAUCCUGUUGUUUGUGGUCCCUCACCAGUUCAUCAUCAGAGUGUGCGACACCAUCAAGGACCACAUCAAGAAGGACGCUCACGGCGUGUCGCUCAUCAAGGGCGUGGACGCCGGUCCAGAGGGUCUGAAACUGAUCUCUGAGGUCAUCCGAGGGAAGCUGGGCAUCAGCAUGUCGGUGCUGAUGGGAGCCAACAUCGCCAGCGAGGUCGCCGAAGAAAAGUUCUGCGAAACGACCAUCGGCUGCAAAGACAAAGCCCACUGGCCCAUACUGAAGGAGCUGAUGCAGACCACCAACUUCCGCGUGACCGUGGUGCAGGAGUCGGACGUGGUGGAGAUCUGCGGGGCGCUCAAGAACAUCGUGGCGGUGGGCGCGGGCUUCUGCGACGGCCUGGGCUUCGGCGACAACACCAAGGCGGCGGUGAUCCGCCUGGGCCUGAUGGAGAUGAUUGCCUUCGCAAAGGUCUUCUGCACCGACUGCGCCGUCUCCGCCAGCACCUUCCUGGAGAGCUGCGGCGUGGCCGACCUCAUCACCACCUGCUAUGGCGGACGCAACCGCAAGAUCGGGGAAGAGUUUGCCAAAACGGGAAAAACCAUCGAGCAGCUGGAGAAGGAGCUGCUGAACGGUCAGAAGCUUCAAGGUCCUGCCACUGCCACCGAGGUGCACCAAAUCUUGAAGCAGAAAAACAUGGUGAACAAGUUCCCCCUCUUCACCGCUGUGCACCAGAUCUGCUUCGACGGCCACCCGGUGACGGAGUUCAUCAGCUGUCUGCAAAACCACCCUGAGCACAUGUAGAACACGCCCGCUGCUCCUGAUGAUGGUGACGAUGAUUAACAGUAAGACUCCUGUAUGUGGCGACCAGGUGACUACAUCUCUCAAGCUGAGCGUCGGUCUUAAACUACUGUUAUCUCUGUUACGUAACGCCGCUGUGGACUUUCGCUGAAUAGAAAUGUCCGCCUGUCGUUGCAUAAACCGUCAAAGAAUUAUUACGGCGCCUAUGCACACAAAAAGACCAGUUGCACAAAAUUCAUACUUUCCCCAAGUGCCUUUAUUUGUUCUCUGUGCUUGUUGACGUUAUUUAUACAGGAAUAAACUGUGCAACUUUU